AGCCCAGUUUCACCCCUUCCCCUUCCUCUCAGCGGGUGGCGGCGGUCUAGAGCCUUCUUCCUCCAUCACUUCUCGUUGCGCUCCACCGGCAUCGCUGCUCGAAGAAUCGAAUCAUGGAAGGGCGAGGUAGCACCACCACCACGCCCUUCUACCGCGGCACCACCACCACCCUCUCCACGAACCCCGCUUCUGCUGCGAAUGGGGCGCAGAAAGGGGAUAGGGAGGUUGCCGUGGAUGCUGAGAUAGCGCGGGUUAACAAGCUACCAGCCCAUAGCUCCUACGCUAUACACCGCAUGAAGGUGCUGAACAAACUUCGCCAUCUGUUGUCUAUCAAGAGGACCACAUCCCAAGAUGAGGAACUUGAACUUCUUUUUGCAAGCCUUUCAAUCUAAAGUGUCUCCCUGACAAGUAUUGUGUUAACCCUUCUAGGUGGGUGCACUAUUCCUCUGUCCACAGUUAAUACCGUAUUUCCAAUUCCAAUAGUUCUCAAAUCCAAGGAGAUCCCGUUGCUUUCUGCAGCAUAUAAAUUGUGGGUAACCUUGUGUGAGGGUGUGGUGUGCUCUGAUCCUCUUUUGACCUGGACGAUGUGGAAUGGUUGGUACUGUAUCAUAUACAAUCAGUUGUACGCAAACGGAGGGUUGUAACUGUAACAGAAGUUGCUCUUAUAAACGGUUAUAAGUUUGCUAAAUAACCAUGGUAUCCAUUGACCAUUGUUGCCU